UUUAAAUACGUUUGUGUCCUCCACUGAAAUCUGUUGAUUUUCAAAGGCAGAAACUUUAUUGAGACACCAUCUAACGCGAACAUGAAGUGGUUACUGCUACUCUGCCUGUGUGUCUAUGCUGUCCGUUGUCAAGACGACUACGACGAAUAUGACAUGGGUGAUAAGACUGAUCCCAAAACAGUGGUGGACCCUCGCGGCCACCGACCCUUGUCCAAGGGGCGUGAGACCUACUCCCCCGCCCGCAACAACCCCGCUCCCAUCAGUGGUGGUAGCCAUUACCGGGGGCGACCCACGGAGGCUCCCGCCAGAGGCACAGAGCAGGAGAAAGAAGAGCAACCGGAGGCUGGGGGAUGUACACAUGCCUCUGAACAGAUGGGGGUGCUGUGUCCUACAGGCUGUGAGCUGAAGACGGCCAUACUGAAACAAGAGAGGAGCGUAAAAGAGGAAGUCAGGAGGAUGCAGAAGGAUGUUGACGACUUGUCGAGAUCCUCUAACACCAUCUAUAACUACGUAGACGGAAUGUCCUCAGCGCUGAGAGAGAGACAGCUGGUUAGCAACGAGAAUGGUGACCUGGUGAGUCAGUACACAGAUGACUUGGAGACCCAGCAUGUUUAUGCAAAGGAGGCUAUAGACACCGUGUUCCCAUCUAACAUCAGGAUCCUGCAGGGAGUCCUGGAGAAGAUCCGCAUGAAGAUCCAGAGAGUGGAGAAGGCCAUCCUGGCCCAGAGAGACGAAUGCAGGGAGCAGUGCACCGUCUCCUGCCCCAUACCUGUUGUCUCUGGUAAGGAGUGUGAGGACAUCUACAGGAAAGGAGGAAGGGAUUCUGGGAUGUAUCUGGUCCAGCCUGACUCCUUCUACCAGCCCUACAAAGUCUACUGUGACCAGACCACUCAGAAUGGAGGCUGGACCACUAUUCAGAACAGGAUGGAUGGUUCUGUAGAUUUCGGCCGGCGUUGGGACAACUACCGCAGCGGUUUCGGGAAUAUCGCCUUCGACGUCGGGAAGGGACACUGCAGCACUCCAGGGGAGUACUGGCUGGGUAACGAACGCAUCAGUCAGCUAACCAAGCAGGGUCCCACUGAGGUCCUCAUGGAGAUGGAGGACUGGUCUGGCAACAAGGUCCACGCCCAGUACAAACAGUUUACCAUACAGAGCGAGGCGUCCAGGUAUGUGAUGGCGAUCAACGGGUACUCUGGUACGGCCGGUAACGUGAUGCUGGAGGGGGCUACGGAGCUGUCUGGAGAGAACCGGACCAUGACCAUCCACAACGGAAUGAUGUUCAGCACCUACGACAGAGACAACGAUAACUGGACUCCAGGUGACCCAUCCAAGCAGUGCUCCCGUGAGGACGGCGGUGGCUGGUGGUACAACAGGUGUCACUCAGCCAAUCCCAAUGGCCGUUACUACUGGGGCGGGGCUUACACCCGGUACAUGGCAAAACACGGGACGGAUGACGGCAUGGUGUGGAUGAACUGGAAGGGAUCCUGGUACUCUCUCAAAGCCAUCUGCAUGAAGAUCAGGCCCUACUUCGCCUCGCGGUAGACACACACAGGGACACGCACACAGGGACACGCACACAGGGCGGCACCCUACUAACUAAACAUGUGUUGUUCUUCUGUGAGUGAUUGUGUGGUGUGUAUUUGUCUUUGGGACAAGUAUAUGUAGAAGUAUAUAUAUAUAUAUAUAUAUGUAUAUAAAGUAUACAAUUAGAUAUUAGCAGAGGACUGUCCCUUACUAUACUCAAUAAAAACAUAUUGAGGAACC